AUGAAGUCUCUUCUGAAGUUUGGAAGGAGGCCAAGUGUGAAGCAGCGAUGUAUUGCAGAGCAAAAGAGGCGGAAGCUGAGAGCCACCAAGAAGAUCAGCAUCUUUAUCGGCUCCUUCCUUGUCUGCUUUGCUCCCUACGUGAUCACCAGGUUAGCGGAGCUCCUCCCCUUUGUGGACGUUAACCGUCGCUGGGGCAUCAUCAGCAAGUGCCUGACGUACAGCAAGGCCGCCUCAGACCCCUUCGCCUACUCCCUCUGGCGCCAGCAGUACAAGAAGGUAGCGCUCCGCGUAUUCAACCGCCUGCUCCGUCGCAACCUCCCGUCAUCGGACCAAAACAGCUCGCUGGAUACGGAGAGCGAUUAUUGCCUGCAGAGGGUCAGCUAGCAUCCCGUGGCUGCAUGGCGGUAAAAUAAAAACAAACCCUUAGUGGGUGGCGAGGUGUUCGUGGGAGUCGGCCAAGGCCAGACUGAUGGCAUCGAAAGGGCGAGGCAGCUUUAGAAAACAAGGGAGGGUGAGUCUUUGGCCGCUCUGAUGAUGAAUCUAUUCCAUCAGACAAGUUAUGGGAUGGUUCUCCAAGUUUUUGGACUUUCGGGACCACCAAUUCUGGAAGCUCUUAUUUGGAAUCAACGGUCUGUAGCUUUCCGAGAAAGACUUAAGGUUCGUCGGCUGGCUUUUUAGUCACUGUCCAGUCCAAAAUUCUCAUGAACAGUAGCUGUCUUGUGAUGUUUUCAUAGGAUCUGAUAUCUGCUCCAAAUUGGACAUUUUUAAAUAGUGUUUAAACUCUGCUCCAACCCCCCCAAAAAAGGAUAGUGCACAUAUUUUACCCCAAAAACCGUGGUUUUGUGUUUUGAUGUCAUUUUGAUUAGUAAUCAGAAUACUUAAAAAAAAUAUAUAGCAAAUAUAACUGAUUUAUAAACACACCAAUUUGAAAUGAUCAUGAUUAUCAUCGUUGUCUUUUUGCAUGCAUUUUCAUUUUAUUUAUGAUUUUAUAAAGAAAAAUACAUCAAAACAUGCUUUUUUAAAAUUCCUUCAGGGUCAUUGACUGGCUUUUAUGCCACUGUUCGGUUAAAAAUGUUAACUAAGGGCAUAAUAAUGUUAUUAUGGUUCUUUGUUGAUAUUGUUUUAGUAAAUAUUUUGAUUAUAGUAAGGAUUAUGUCAAUAAAACCUACCAAAGUGCUUAUAUAAUAGUGUAUAUAUAUACAGUCCCUUAAAAGAAGGCCAUUCAAAUCAAAUCAAAUCAACUUUAUUUAUAAAGCACAUUUAAAAUUUACCAAAGGGUAGCCAAAGUGCUGUACAAUAGGCAGGUUAAAAGAUAACACAAGAAAAAACGAGCAAACCAAACAUAACAAAACAGAGCACCAUUUAUAAAAAACAAAACAAAAAAAAACAACAACAAAAACAUAGAAACAGGUUCACAGCAGGUGCAUUAUGGGAUGCCAUAGCUACAGCCAAGGCUAAGUUGAAUGUAUAUGGUGUAUCAUCAGGAAACCCCCACAAAAUAUCCUCCAGGUCAGUUGGCCAGCUUUUUAGUCACGGUUUGUUUUAAAAGUUGGAAUAUUAGGUCAGUUAUUAUGCUUUUUGGUAUUUUUGUCUUGUUCAGGGCAUUAAUAAUGCCCUGUAAUUCAAAACUGUUGU